CCAGGAGAAUCAGACAUGGCCGCCCUUAGCUCCGCCCCCAGCUCUGAGGUAACCAGAAGCUCAGACAUGGCCGCUGCGAGUCACGAAUCUCAGGCCUCCCCCGCCAGCAUCUCUGACCCCGCCGCUCCGUACCCCCCUAGCCCGGAUUCGGUGCUGCAGCUCGGGGAGCAGCGCGCGGAUACUGAGGAGCCGAAUGAUCUGGAGGACGAGCUGGAGGAUGAGGAAGACACGGAGAGCAGCGGGGUGGGCGAGGAGGGCAGCUCGGAGCGUUCGGACAGCCCGUCGGGGAGCGGAGGCCCCAGCGGUGGCAGCUCUUCCGGCAGCAGCUCCGGGGGAGAUGACGGAUACUGCAGCGAAUCCGUCGCAGGCCGAAGGCCCAGCCUAGAAGUAUGCAGCUCCGAGGGCGAACCGCUCAGCCGCAUGGACUCCGAAGACAGCAUAAGCAGCACUCUUAUGGAUGUAGACAGCAUAAUCUCCAGCGGCCGCUCUACUCCUUCAAUGAUGAAUGGACAUGGAAUUGCUGGUUCAUCUACCAAAAGUGUCUCCUACAACUGCAGCUGGGAUCAGUGCCAGAUGUGCUUCAGCUCCAGUCCUGACCUUGCCGAGCACAUUCGUUCCAUUCAUGUGGAUGGCCAGCAUGGUGGGGUUUUCGUUUGCCUUUGGAAAGGGUGUAAGGUGUACAACACGCCGUCUACCAGCCAGAGCUGGCUGCAGCGACACAUGUUAACACACAGCGGGGAUAAACCCUUUAAGUGUGUGGUUGGCGGCUGCAAUGCCAGUUUUGCUUCACAAGGAGGGUUGGCGCGCCAUGUUCCUACUCACUUCAGUCAGCAGAACUCCUCGAAGGUAUCGAACCAUUCGAAGUCCAAAGAAGAUUCUCCUUCAAAAGCUGGGCUGAAUAAACGGCGAAAACUAAAGAACAAGCGAAAGCGUUCACUAUCAUCUCUAGGAACCGAUCCUUAUUCUGCUACCCGAGUGCAGCUAAAAGCAAGGCCACAUGAUUUCUUUGACGCCCAAACACUAGAUGCGAUACGACACCGUGCCAUUUGCUUUAAUCUCUCUGCUCAAAUAGAAAGCUUAGGAAAUGGACACAGCGUUGUAUUCCACAGCACAGUUCUCGCUAAGAGAAAAGAGGAUACUGGUAAAAUAAAACUGUUGCUUCACUGGACUCCAGAAGACAUCCUCCCUGACGUGUGGGUGAAUGAGAGUGAGCGGCACCAAAUGAAAACAAAAAUAGUUCAUUUAUCAAAACUUCCAAAAGACACAGCGCUGCUUCUGGACCCAAACAUCUACAGAAAUUCUAGUAAAAGGAUUACACACAGUGGGACCCUGAAAGAUCACUUCUCUUAAGAUCUGAACGGUGACACGGUUGACACGAAGAUGAAAAUAAUCGCGAAGCGUAUCAUGCUCAGUCCUAAUCACUGACCGCUCCUUAGAUAUAAAUGUUGCACAAUAGUGUUUGAUAUUUAUGCUUAGUGUGAACAUUCUGUGAACUCAUUUAAUACUUGUUGUGGAGUAUGUAUGUGUCUGUUCAUGGGAUAACUCUUUGCAAAACUGAAAAUGCUCUUCUGGCAACGUAGUGGAACAACGUCAAGGAUUUGCAUGUUUGCUGCUUUCAGAUGGUUUUAUUCUUUUCUCUUUUUUUGUGCUUUCAGUUUUAUUAAAUUAUAGCCUUGGCUGGCAGAGAAGGAUUUGUAGCCCCCUGUGAGUCAAGGAAUUAAUAACCUAAUUCCAUAUGAUGAUAACAUAUAAAAUUGGGCCAUCAUAUGUAUCUACUAAUCCAAUUUAAGACAAUAAGCAACAUAUUUCAAUCUCCUUUUUCCUUCUAAAUAAAACUCUUAGGAGCGUUACUUGCUAAGGGUUCUGUUAUCGCUGACCUCUGUAGAAGCAUUCCCGUAAUUCUGUAUCCUUCAGUCAGCUCUCCGUAUCCUUCAGUCAGAGCACCUUGUUGAAACACUCCCUAGAAUCCACAGGGUUGAAAUUGCUUUUUUUUUUAAUUUAUUUUUUUACUUCCCUCCAUUAAUCAAAUUUAAAGUGAAUCAUUGUGGAGUAUUAUAUGAAUAUGAAGAUUUUAGUUUCCAUGUAAGAGAGAGGGUAUUUUAAUUAUAUCUGAAAAAAAUUAAUGUAUUGCUCACCAAAGUACUCUUUGUAAAAUGAAACAUUUUCUUGCACAAUGUGCAAGAAGUCACAGUAUAUUUUUUUUAACUGGAAAAAAUACUAGAGAUGGAAAUUAUUUGCUGACCUUGUCUAAAUGUCUUGGCUAUUAGAGCUUUUGCUUGUAAAUAAUACAGCAGAUUUGUAAUAUAUUUUUAUAUCAUGAAAUGUAACUGUAGAUUUUUUUAGACGCAUGAGACUUUAAUGUAAAUAUAAUGUAGAAAUAAUUUUGAAGGACUUUGUAUUUCACUAACGCUGCCAGAAGUUUUUUUUUUUUUUUUUAAUAAUUAAGAAGCACCUUCUAACAAUAAAUUGUCUUUGCAAAACAGAA